AUGGCUCUUAACGACUAUGAAAUCGAAACUUUUUUAAAUAUACCAAUUGAAAGUGAAGACGAGUAUGCAGAUGGUUUUGACCUAAGUGACGAUGAAGAUAUAAAUGAGGAAACUGUAACUCCUCGUGAAGACCGUGUUGUUGUGCGUGUUAGAGAAGAAGACAAUGAUGUUUUUACACUUCCAGAAUAUUUUUUAGUUGAAAAUGAAAAUGUUUCCGAUCAAUCAACUUCCGGUACAAGUCCUGUACAAGUUCAAACUUCACCAUUACCGCCGUCGUCGCAAAUUGUAAAUUUUGUACAAACAUCUACAAAUAUAAUGCGCGUUCAACGUACAAGGAUUACUCGCUGUGAUAAAAAUGCUGCUAAAAAACAGGUAAAAAAUCCAAUUUUACCUACUAAAAAAGAACCUCCCGAAGACCGUGAUAGACUGUUCAAAAUCCGUCCGAUUGUUGAAUUACUAAAAGCAAAAUUUUCUUCUGUGCCUUUUGACGAAUUUCUAGCACUAGAUGAACAGUUGUGCCCAACAAAGGCGCGUUCGUAUAUGAAGCAAUAUUUACCCCUUAAACCUCAUAAAUGGGGUUAUAAAUUAUUUGUUCUCUGUGGAGUAAAAGGUUACGCCUACAAUUUUGAAAUUUACACAGGUAACGAAAACAAUUCUCUAGAACGCCAGCAAAUGCUUGAACCUGACUUAGGUGCAACAGGUAAUGUCGUAGUUAGACUUUCGAGAGUGAUACCGAGAAAUGAACACCAUAAACUAUACUUCGACAAUUAUUAUACGUCAAUUCCAGUUAUGGUGUAUUUAGAAAAAUUAGGUAAACACACAGUAGGGACGUUUAGGAGGAAUAGAUUUCCCGAUAUAGCGCUUAUGCCUGAAAAAGAAAUGCUUAAAAAACCUCGAGGAACAUAUGAUGAAUGUUUAACAGUAGUUGAUGGUGUACCAAUUACAACAGUGUCGUGGAAAGACAAUAAAAUUGUAAAUGUUACCUCCACUUACAUUGGCGCCCUCGAACCAACCAAAGUACGUAGAUACGAUAAAAAACAAAAAAAAAAUGUAGACGUUGAGAUACCAAAAAUUAUCGAAGUCUAUAAUAAGCACAUGGGCGGUGUUGAUCUGAUGGAUUCAUUGAUAGGACGGUACAGAAUAAUAAUGAGAUCAAAAAAAUGGUACAUAAAAAUAUUUUAUCACUUAUUAGAUAUGACAGUCGUGAAUUCAUGGCUAAUGUACAAAAAAAUUACGGGCAACACAAUGCCAUUGGCCAAGUUCCGAGAACAUUUAUCUGUAACUCUUAUGCAAAGUGGAAUCGCCAAACGAGGAAAAGGCAGGCCCUCAGGUUCAUUCGAAAUACAAGAAAAUAUUAAAAAAAAACGAACACAAACACCAUCUGCGCCGUUUAACGAGAUAAGAAGAGAUUGUCUAGAACAUUGGCCAAACUAUGAACAGCAAAGACGGGUAUGCAAAAUGCCAAAAUGCAAAUUUCAGUCGUUCACAAAAUGUUCCAAAUGUUGUGUAUAUUUAUGUUACAAUAACGAUAGAAACUGUUUUGUUGAUUUUCAUUGUUCUUAG